AUGGAAACCAAACCUUGCCGACAGCUUCACAUUUUCUUCCUUCCAUUUAUGGUUUCAGGCCACACUUUACCCCUUAUAGACCUAGCCAAACUAUUUGCUUCACGCGGUGUAAAAUGCACAAUAGCAGCAACCCAUGCCAAUUCACCAAUCAUCUCCAAAGCAAUCCAAACUAGCAAAGGUUUCGGUUUUGAAAUUGAUCUUGUUCUCAUCAAAUUCCCAUCCAAUGAAGUUGGUUUGCCUGAAGGAAUUGAUAGUACUAAAUUUGUGAGAACCGAAGAGAUGAGGGGAAAGUUCUUGAAAGCCAUCACACUGCUUGAACAACAGGUAGAGCGGGUUUUACACCAACAUCAACCUCAUUGCCUUGUUGCAGACUUUUUAUUUCACUGGGCUACAGAUGUUGCUACAAAGUUUAAGAUUCCCAGGCUUGUGUUUCAUGGAACUGGUUUCUUCGCAUUGUGUGCUAUAAAGAGUACAAUGAUGUACCAACCUCACAUGAAGGUAUCAUCAGAUUCAGAAUCUUUUGUGGUUCCUAGUCUCCCAGAUGAGAUCAAGAUGACACAAAACCAGCUAGCACCUUUUCUUACUCUAAAUGGUAAGACAGAACUGAAUAAGUUGAUUAAAAAAUCUAGAGAGGCUGAGGAAAGGAGCUAUGGUAUUGUCGUAAACAGCUUCUAUGAACUUGAACCAGAAUAUGCAGAUCACUACAAGAACGUGUUGGGGAAGAAGUCAUGGCAUAUUGGCCCAGUUUCUUUAUGCAAUAUUGUAGAAGAAGAUAAAGCAGAGAGGGGAAGGGAAGGCUCGGUUGAUGAAGUGCAGGCGUGCUUGAACUGGCUAAAUUCUAAGAGGCUCAAUUCGGUUGUUUAUAUAUGUUUUGGAAGCAUGACCAAAUUCAGUGAUAGUCAGCUGGUAGAAAUUGCCUACGGUCUUGAGGCUUCUCGGCAAAAAUUUAUUUGGGUUGUGAACAAAGAAAGGAAUGACAAAGAAGAAUGGUUUCCUGAAGGAUUUGAGCAGAGAAUUGAGGGGAAGGGACUAGUGAUAAGAGGUUGGGCUCCCCAACUACCGAUUCUUCAACAUGAAGCUGUUGGGGCCUUUCUCACUCAUUGUGGGUGGAACUCGAUCCUUGAAGGUGUCUCUGCAGGGGUUCCAAUGAUCACCUGGCCGGUGUCUGCAGACCAGUUUUACAAUGAGAAGUUGGUGACUCAGAUACUUGGCAUUGGGGUUGCCGUUGGUGCUCAAAAGUGGGAGGAUGGUAGCUUGCUGAGCGAAGCCAGUGUCAAGAGGGAGGCCAUAGAGAAGGCUGUGACUGGAUUCAUGGUGGGUGAAAAACAAGAAGACAUGAGAACCAGAGUGCUUGCACUUGGAAUGAUGGCAAGGGGGGCGGUUGCUGAAGGUGGUUCAUCGUUCUCCGAUUUAACUGCUCUAAUUGAAGAGUUGAGCUUCCUGGGGUGUUAAUUCUCAUGGAGCAGCUAAGAGGCCAACAUAUUCAUUUUUGAAAAAGAAUAGCUUACUCCACACAAUCCAUUUAACUUGCUACUGAUUUAAUUGUUCGCAUACCUACAUACAAUUUGCAAAAGUUCUAAUUAAUGGCAAAAGGAAAACUAUGGUGUCAUAAUAUGCA